GCAAAAGAAAGACAGCAAGAGGAGAGGCACGGAAGGAUGGAGGAGAGAGAGGAAGAUGGAGAGAGAGGGAGCAAGCGUCAGCACUCCAUGUGUUAAAAGGGCAGAUGGUAACGGCGGGGUAACUGAGGAGCAAACCACUCUGCCGGCCACAGAGCCAGAGAGCAGCGGAGGGAGGGAGGAGCGCGAGCGCAUGCAGAGCAGAGGAGCAUCUGAGAGGAAGCUGCACGCGCUGCUCUGACAGGAAGGACAGGACUGAAAGUAGCCCUACUCGAUACUUAGACAAAGAGCGAGGAGAAACACCAGGGAACUGAGGAAGAGGAGGAGAUAGUUAGAGCAACUGCGAGACUGAUCAAUUUCACCAAGAAAUUUAGACUCAGCGGAAAAGACACUGAGAGGGAGAGGGUAGUCAGCGACGGGGAAGGAUUGAUGAAUAAGAGAUGGGUGAAAAGACUUAAAGAGAAAUAUUUAACUGGAGACAGGGACAUCUAGUAAAUCCAGAAAAGACGGAGAAAGCAUCUCAGAAAAGCCGAGGAGGAACAGAGGGUGAAAUAUUUACGAGGACCCGGGCUCUGAAAGGAGGGGAGCCGGAGCUGGGGAGGAACUUCCAAAAAACUUGGAGAAGAGAGGGAAUAAAUCAGUGCAAGCAGAGAGGAAAACCGAGCUGCUCCUCCUCUUUUCCGUCUACUUCCUAAUAAAAGCCAACGAGCUGGAGAAGCACAGCAGAAGGAGGAGAAGGAAGUUUCAAGACUUGAAAAAAAGAGCUGGAUAGAUAUUUAACCUCAUGAAAGUCGACUUUACCCAAUGGCGUGCUACUACAUUGUGAUCAGUUCCACCCACCUGCGUGACGGACAGCUGAGGAGCAUCAAGGGGGUUUUCAGGGGACCAAUAGGAGCCAGCGGCCAGAGGAACACGGAUGAAGGAGACUCCAAGUUUUACUGUGAGCUCUGCAACAAGCAGUACGUGAGACAGCAGCAGUACGAGAACCACAUUAACUCCUACGACCACCAUCACAAGCAGCGCCUGAAGGAGCUGAAGCAGAGGGAGUUUUACAGAGCGCUGGCCUGCAGGAGGCAGAGGAGGCGCAGGGAGGAGAAACGAGAGGAGAGAGCGCUGAGGAGAGUUCAUCAGCGUGACGCGAGGCGGACCGGAGACUGCGCUCCGGGUUCUGGUCCGAUGUUCCGGUCCACCACAGUGGCAAUCGACCCAGUGAAUCAACCCCAACCAAAUGUUGAGCGGAACUGGGAAGCUUUCAAUCCGAGCGACGCCGAACGGCCAACAAAACCACAGACCCAGCUGAUCCAACCCUUCCUCCCCCUCGAUCCCACACUCGAGUCCAGACUCCUGAGCAACACUGAUUGGGCAUAUGGCCAAACGGAUGCAAACAACUCUGCAGCUGCUGCUGACGAACCCUGCAUCCUCAAAAAGACCCAUCUGGACUGCGGCUGCCUCAGAGCCAACCACAUGAUAAGCCCUGAUGACACAAACUGUACCGUUUCAAAGCAUUUCUACAAGCAUUUGACGCCUCGUUGUUACACGAGUAACGCCAUGACUCCUAUAGAUGCCCCAACAGCUACCACUAGCACAAAAUCCUGCGAGCACCCUGACUUGAACCCAAAUGAUAACAGAAACAAGGUGAUAAGUACGGCUCACGCUCUGUCGGCCCCCAGCAGGCUUCGCCCCGUGUCCUUCUCCCUACCAAAGCGGACCUGCGUCCUCCUGCACCAAUCAGCUGCGGUCUUCAUCCAAGCCGGACAGGGUUCGGGGUUGCCAGGGAAACAAGUAGGUGUGGCAAAUCAGGAAAGGACAAAAAACCUUGGGGAGAAAGUUGCUGAUCAGGGGCCAAAGUCUCCGGUGUGUUCGGAUGUGGAUCCCUGGGACACUGGAAACCAGUGCAGUGCGGACAGGAAGAUUGAAUUCCGGCCUGCUGAGUCUGCUGACAAAGGACUCUUGGGACCGCCUGGGAAUAAAGCCCAGGUUUCCUCAUGCAAUCGCAAUGUGAUUGGAGAAGAGAACUUGACAAUUAGUGGGAGUGGAGCCCAGAUCUCUUUAUGUAAGGACAAUGGGACAGAAGCCCAACGUGGGAUUGAAGCUCAUCUUUAUUUAAACAGUGACACAACAGAACAGAUUUCUGACAGCAUCAGCACAUAUUCAGCACAGAGAGAAAAUGAGGCCCACCUUCAAGAGACAACACAUCAAGAAGACGAAGAUCUGCUUUCUUCUGCCACAAAUCAUCCCGAGAAGUCUGAUUCUUGUGUCAAAAAGAGUCCAAAAGAAUCAAGCCUCCCCUCAUUAACCUGUUGUAAUACAUCAAUGCCUGUACCUCCAGAUCGUCCCAAAGAGCCUUUCUGUCAGGUUCUUAGCCGUGACAGAGGCAUGGUUCUUCUCUGGCCCACAGAGAUGGUAAACUACACCAAGACAUCGCCCUCCAUAUCCUACAGCGUCAACCCUCUACUGUACGACUUCAGAGCCCAUCACAAGGCCAAAAAAGGGGGUACAGAAAAGAAAGGAGGACUAGAGGAAGGGAGGGAGAGAAUAAAGCCAUCUGUGAUCAAACAACCCGACUGCCAAGAGAGGCAUAAAGAUACAGAGGGAGGAAAGGAGGAGAAGAUAGAUGAAAGGAGAGAAGAGGCAGAGGGAGGACAGGCGGGAAAUCCUGUGGAAGUUGUUGACCAUUGUGAUGGUGGCGAUGCAAUCCAGGGCCGCUCCAGUUGCCGUGAUGAAACUGCUUUAAAAUUUGUUCCCCUCUCUGCAGAAUGCCACCAUGCGCCAGGCCUUCAAAAAGCAGCAAGGAGAAGGAGAAGGAGGAGGACAGGGAUGGGGAGGGGGAAGGGGAGAAAGAAAAGAAGAGGAAAGGCAGAUAAAAAAGACUCGGAAAAGGGAAGGAUAAUGAGUCCCUUCUUUGCAAGUCAGAUGUUUGAAGGGAGAGGGGAAGAGAAGCUGAAAAGAGAGGGCAACAUAAAAGACGAGAGGAGAGAUAAAGAGCUAUUAAGUAAUCUCGCUGCAAAUCGGCUGGUAGGAGGGAGAGAAAAGAAGACGAGGGAAGAGGAGCAAAGGAUGAGAAGGGAUCAGAUGAUUCGAGAGAGGGCAGGUAGAAAUGACGAGAAGAGGGGAGAGCUAUUAAGUAAUCUUCCCAUGAAUCGGUGUAAUCGGUGUAACCAGCUGUGUGUGCAGGUGAAGCGGGAGGCCAGCCAGCAUCAAUCCCACCAAUCAGUCUCCGGAUGGGGCCCAGGGCUCAGAAAGCUCCUCUGCAGGGGUGCAGCAUGCUGCUCUGUGAUUAGCCACGUCCCCAAGUCUGUUAUGGAGACACCAAGCUGUCCCGCAAUUACACCCGGCCCUGCCGAGGAUGACAAAGGGACGGGAGUGAUCCACAAAGACUCGCAGGCGGGGAAGAAGGAGGGCGAGCAGGAGCAAAGGAAUCCGAGGAGCGGCAAGAUAAGAGGUGCCGAGGAAAACACGUGUAAGCUAGUGAUUAGUGGUGUUACUUUCCCCCGUCGAGACGCUGCAUGCGAAGAGGAAAUGUGUCUCGUUCCUAGACCUCACGGAGAAACGGCGGGAAAUCCGACGAUUAGCCCCAUGCUCGCUUCCUCCAGAGACGCAGCAUGUGGUCAAACACAAACAAUACCUGCAGGACAAAGCUGCACCACGACCGUUGAGAGCCUUUGCUGUUUGGAAGGAGAGUUGAGAAUCGCAUCGGCCUGCGGGGAAGUGGCUCCACCUCCCGCUCAUUUGCUUGCAGGAUUGUCCAGAAAGAGGAAGGGAGAAUCACCGGAGCCAGCGGCACCCAAGAAGAAACGAAGACGAGGUAGGAGGCAAUUGAGGAGAUUCAUGAAUGUUCUACUCAAGAGGCAAGAAAGAAAUCAGGCCAGCUUGACCUCUGACCUCAGUGACAAAGGGGACUGUUGUUGUCAACUCAUUUCUACAGACUGCAACCCAAUCUGUAGGACCCAACAGCCCCUGAACCACAACGUCAACACUGACAAGGAACCACAUAGCUGUGGUUCUGACGAUCAAGACAAGCCCUGCUGUUGUGAUGAGAGUCACAGAACUGCUAACGACCGCAGUCAGUUUGACUGUGAUCGCUCUGAAGGCUUGACACAACUCAGCGACCGUCACACCUGUAACACCUCAAUGCCGCACCAACAGGGAGCUGAGCAGUCCAUCAAGGAUGAUGGACUUAAUUCUGCCUUCUGCUGUGAUCACGAUGCAACUUUUAUCAGAGGACGUCAUGUACGUUCGGUUGACCGGAAUCCUGAUUGUACUUUGAACAAAACGGAACCAUUAGGGUGUGCACAGUUAACAGGUACCCUCAGAUGUAGCACCAACGAACUUUGUCAGUGUGAAGACAAGCACACCAAAACAGAGUAUCAAAGCAUAACCGAUGACGCUUUUCGUCGCAAUCGUGACUCUGUCGAUAAAAUUGUCAGGAGCGGUCAGAGCAAGGAGGGUGAAACCGAAGCACAGGGUCACGACAGCGCCCCCCUCUCUGGUCCAGACGGUGGUUAUAGGAGCAGCCGGGCUGUUCAUCAGACUGAAACUGACAGUAGUCAGUGCCAUGGUUUCAACAGUAAUCCUGAUUGUAAUCCCAGCAGCAAUACUGCUAAUAACAUAAGCACCAGAAACAAAGCAGAACAUGUACACACCGGGGAGAGGCAGAGGAAGGAGGAGGAGGAGAAGCGGCUGGAGAGACAGAGGGAGGAGUGGGAGAAGGAGUGGGUGCGGAGGAAGGAGAAGGAGGAACGGGAGAGGAGGAAAGGGAUAGAGUUGGAGCAUCUGUUUUCAGAGAAGAGGCAGUGCUUUCCUCCUCACCUUCCCCCACGCUGCAUCCCCCUCCAUGCUCCGCUCCUCUUCCAGCCGUCCCUCUCAUCUUCCUCUUCCUUCUCCUUCCACACCUUCAUCCAGCACAACCUCUCUCUUCUGCCACCUCCAUCACACCUCCCGCUCUCCUCAUACCCACACCUUCUACCCCCCUUCUCCCCUCACCUCUCUUCUCUUGCCCCUGCUCCUCCGCCACCACCACCUCCUCCACCGCCACCCCCUCCACUUCUUCCUCCUUCAUUCUACACUUCCUCCCCCAUCCCGCUGCUGGACGCUCCCAGUCCGUACCCCUUGGCGGCUUUUCAUCCAGUUCAGAGUCACCACCCAUCCCUGUACCCUCCUCCUCAUCCGGCAGUCCUGCCCUUACAGGUGUUACUGUAGGCUGCCAUUCCCCAAGACAAGUCCCACAUCAUUGCCUAAAUAUCACAUCCAAGGUGGAAUACGAGUCAUUUUAAGGAGAGCGUAAUCAGAAAACAAAGUCCAUCUGUCUUCAUGUAGAGCCUCUUGGAGUCCUUACACUUCCAAUACUGAUUCAUGUCUCUGGAACAAAAAAAUAAAUAAAUAAAUUUAAAAAAAAAAUAUAUAUAUAUAUAUAUAUAUAAAUAAAGAUGGCUAAUUAUUCUCAUCAGCCGCUAUCCCGCUCUAAAUGAGCGUCAGGUGUGCAGCCUGUGGGAUCGUGGUGGGAAUACGCAUCUGGGCUCAUUUCCCUCGACAGAAAUCAGUCGACGUCUUCCGUUUAGCAUUUUAAACCAAUCAUUUACUUUUAGGAUGAAUUUCGGCAUCACUAAAAAGAGAGAAGAAAAUUCAGCCUCACUUUUCUUUUAGAUAUCUUCACUCUGUGAUCAUAAACACGCGCUGUUUGGUUUACAUUUCUCCCCGAGGAUUCAGAUCAUUUCUGUCGACGCCACACAGCCGUGUCAGAGGAAAGUCAGAUCUUCAAAUACAAUUGUAAAAGUAUUUAUAUCCCUUGAACUUAGUCACCUUUCUCACUUUUGUGUCUUAUUAUAAACAUGAACUGUCUUUUAUUGGGAUUAGAGAAACAUAAAAUAAGUGAAAAGGAGACAGAAAUCUAAAUUCUUUACAAAGACAGAUCUGAUAUUUGCAUUUCUAUUCAGCUUCCUCCUGAGUUAAUACUUUCCUCUCCCUGCUGAAGAAAAGCAUCGCCCACACAGCGAUGCUAGUGUUUAAGAGGACAUGCUUUUCUGCUGAGUUUUUAAUCAACAGUGACUUUCUUCCAUUGAAACAUAAUUUUUUAUGAAUGAUGGAUUGAGCAGUUCACUAAUGUUUUCUGAAAAACAUACCAGAUAUCAGGUGACUUUGAUGGGAAUCAGUAGCAUUAGCUUUUAUCAGAGUAAAAAUAGUAGGAAGAUGAUGAUGCAGCAUGUUUUUAAUGACUUGCUUGUGAACAAACUUAUUCACGUGUGACUUUAAUUGUGUUUCUCAUUAAUUGGAAACACGGCAUUUGUGAAAUUGUGUUUUUUUUAUUUUUUUUAACAUUAGCAAAAUAUUGACAAAGUUUUGCAUGAUGCUAGCCGUGUGACUAGCAGCAGCUAGCACGACAUGUAAAUACAAAAUGGAGACGUUUGUGGUUGUAAGGUCACCAAACAUAAAAGAGCAUUUUUUAAUAUAUUUAUAACAAGUAAAGUAUUUGUAAAGCUCCAGUCUUUUAUUUUUUGACUUUAACACAUUUCUGUUGAGUAGAUACAUGAUUUAUCAACAUUGACAUCAGCAUUGGCCACUUAUAUCGGUAUCAGUUUGAUAAAUAAUACUGGGCCGAUAUCAACAACCAAUGUUUAUUUCCAUCGUGUUUCUGGAGGGGGAAGAGGUUGGUCAUGUGGCAGUGAUAUUCAUUUGAUGCCAGUCAGUAGUGUGGUCGUUUUUUCAAGAUGCCCAAAAGAUGAUAAAAUUUAUAUAUAAUACAGAUAAAUAUCGGUUAGAACAGCAGUACAAAUAUUGAUAUUGGCCCAAAUUUUCAUAUUGGUUAAUCCCUAAUUUUAAUUCAGAUUCUUAAGACUGAAAACUACAAAUCUGGAGGAAAAAAAAGGCCUGAGCUUUGCAUGAAAAUUAUUUGGCUUGAUAAUAUUACCAGCCCUUCCAUAACAUACCGCUAUCUUUUAUUGACACAUCUAUGCUCAAAUUGCAUCAGGGGUGGUUUUUGUGCCAAAGUCAGAUGAAGAAGAAAAUGCAUUUGAUAUUAGAGAUGAUAUCUCUGCUUCUCCUGCAAGAGUUUUUUAAAAUUGACCACUCUGCCAGGCUGUGCUGAAUAUGUUAAAUCAGUGAAGAGCUGUACAGUUAGAAUAGUAAUAGGCAGAUGAAAUGUGAAUCCUAGCCACUAAGAAGUGAAGCAGGAAAUGGAAGGGCAAUUAUUCCGAGUUCUUUAUGAGAACUUACAGAAAGCAUGAAAGGCAAAAGGUUUUCUGCUCCUCUGUAGGGGACAAAGGAACCAAUACAAAUAUGAGCAACACACUCUUGGGCUUCGUUUACAAAGUAAUACAGUGGCUAGAAGCAGUAUUUCUACACUAUAACUUGUUCUCACAUUAAACCUCAAAGUAUUUUUUCUGAAAUAUGUAAUAGGCCAACACGAAGCGGAUAAUUGUGACAUUUUUACAAAUAAUGUGAGUAUUCUCUUUGGAAGUCACCCAUUGUAGUGUCCAACUGUUUGUAAUGGAAUCUCUCUAUAAACCACAGCUGCUCUGUUAAGUUACUACAAUGUGACAAAAUGUGAAAAGGUUCAAGGGUUAUGAAUAUCUAAAACAUUCUCUAGAUUUGACCAGAACUAAGUAGUGACCUGCCUGCAGUUUGAGAUGCAGAUGGAUUCGAGCUAGUGGUGAAUUUUGCAGGAGUUUUAAGUGGGAUGUCAGAGACUAAAGACGGGAACCAGUGAAAAGAUGAGAAGGAAAGGAGACAGUGUUCAGAAACAAAGCACAUAAUUAGAGGUCUUUAUUGUAACAUUCAUGAAACAUUAUGUUUACAGCAGAUCUCAACACACUAAAAAGGAUUGAAGUUACAAUUAAAGCAAGUCAUUACAUUUCUAUAGAUUUUGCAUACACAAUAAAGCUGAGGCCGCUGAGGCCUUUUAUUAGAUUACAGUCCUUUCCUCAGAAAACAAGUACAGAAAAGCAAGAGAUUUACUAGUAAAUGAAUGUCCAUUGAUCAUUCUGAUUAUAAAGGCAUGACCACAAGUGCUAACAGUGAGUCAUUGGUUUAUUUCUUGACUUAAUCAUUAUUUCUUAGAAAUAUUGUGACUAAAUGAAAAAGAUUUAGUCUUUUUUCUUGAAAUACAUGCAACUAGUGUGAAGAGUUAGUACUUGCCUUGUUCACUGAAAUGCUAGUUGUAAACGUCUGGAGCAAAUCCAGUUUGAUGACGACCCAUUCUUCCAUCACCAACAGCUGAUUUCAGUUUAUCGGCAUCGGUUCCUAAAUACAGGAGAUUAAAUCGAAGAACAAUUCAAAUUUCCACCACAAAAAUCGAAGCUCCAAAGUUUGUACAACACAUCUGUGACACUCAAAACUUUUUAUGUCAACUGUCGGUGGCAACACAACCCUUUCACCUUGAUUUUACUGAACCUUUUCCAAGUUGACCUAUUGCUUCAAACAUCAAAACGGCUGACAAACAGAUUUAGCUGGCGGCUGGAAACAGCGUGAACUCCGUCUCUGUUGUUGUUGGAAAGCCUCUGAUGUUACAGGCUUUUUUUCGGCCAUGUAUUUGCUGCUGUUACUUCCGUGUCAAAGCCUCGGGCAGAAACUGUGGAGUAUGCACUGACCACCCACCCACCCAACUCUGAGUCCAAUUGAACAUAUCCAAGAGUAAUUCAUCUUUCAGCCACAUUAUCCAGGUCUGUUAGAGGCACAAGCAUAAAAGACUUUCUCUGCAGGGCAACACACUAUCAUUCUUCGCUAAUAUUGAAUAAGAUCAGAUAGAGAGGGGCUACUUUGGCAUUUCAUUUUAGAAAUAUGCUGCUUUCUCUUUGAAUAUCAAAUGCAAGGUGUUAUUAUAAAUUGAAAUAGCAAUGUAACUGGAAUUAGCAGUAAUGAUCUAGUCCAGCGCUGCUGAAUAAAACUGCAACCUCUGUAAUGUAAACGUCGUCCCAAAUGCAAGAGUUGGGAGGUUUAAGCAGACUUAGAGAAAGUUUUUAUGGAUACAGUCUACGUACAUCAAACUAAAAACGUUCUUACUGAUGGGCAGUUGGUUAGUUGAUCCAUCAUACAUUGGGAUCAGACUCAGAUUAUGUCUUCAGCCUCAUUCUCCCCAAGUUAGUUGCGAUGCAAAUAAAAAUAUAAAAUUCACACCAGCUCACAACUUUUAAAAUAUAAAAAAUGUGACAUUGUUCAAAGGCCCAUUUCUUUCAGUCACUGAAUGAGGAGCAAUCAAUGUGUGUGAAAACACAUCAUGUCUACGGUGAAGUAUGGUAGAGAACGUAUGAUGUUAUGGGCCUGGUUCUCUACCAAAUGCUCUGGGAACUUUUAAAAUGUCACAAAAAAUAAUAUAAAGGGGUUUUUAUAGGGGUUUAAUUUGACUAGUUUGGAGCAAAUCAUCCUGGCUACGCAAACCGUCAUUUGGUAAGAUGAUGACGUUCCGCAUGGCUGUAAUAAACAGGAAGUAGAGGUUGCAAACUAGCAUGGACCACACAGCUCAGGAACAUGGAGAGAAUCCCCAACCAGCUGGAGGUUUGUAAAGUUGUAUGGCUGUGGGAAGGUAGAGGCCUAUCAGUGGAUGGGAAUGUUGACUUAUUUUGCAAAUGUGUUUCCAUCUCCCGUUAGAGCAUUAAGUCUUUUUCGAAGAGCAAAAAUCACGCCUUAAGUUUAGAAUUUUGCUGAUUCCAAAAACCUUUUCUGAUGCAGAACUUAAAAACGAUGGAAACAUGGCCAGACUGGCCUUACAAACUCUUACACGUGCCAAUAAAAAUGUGGCAGUAGCCGAAAAUGGGUCAUCACUGGGUCUAAUGACCUUUGACCCAUUGGGCAAAACAAUAAGAAAAAUCCUAUUGGCAAAAGUAACAUGGGUUUUAUUUUCCACAUUGAAUAAAAGUACUUAAAUUAAUGUACAUUUAUUCAAUGUACAUUAAUUUUUUCUACAUUUUUCAUAUGAGAGGAUCAGGGAUGCCAAUAAAUCUGGCUGGCGCUUUUAUUUCUCAUUAAAAUUACAAACUGCUUUACAGUGAAAUACAAUGAGGGUUGGGAAAAACUAUAAUAAAAAAAAAUCUGAAAAAUUGCUGAAGGCUUUUCCCUUGAGUUGCUGUUUAAACAAACCAACACAGUCAAUACGAGAUAAAAACCUGAGAAGCUCCUUCCACGGAUGGGAUGCAACAGCUUGAAAGAAACAAUCCCCGCAGGAUUUAAAUCAGUUGUGAGAAGCUAUUAAUGAUCUCUGGUUGGUGGACCUCAAGGUCAGAGCUUAAUUGUAAUGCGUCAACGGGUCAGAAAUAAUCUGAGGCAUUGACCAUGCAAAGCUAUAAAUGUUAAAUGAAUUCUAACAGCAGCCGGUAACGAAUGAAGAGACUAAAUCAGGAGUCAAGCUCGUUAUUCUGGUGGCUUCGGUUUGCUUUUCUCACUGAAUGGUGAGGACGGCUGGAUGUGGGGACAACGGAUCGCAACGCGUCGCGUUGAAUAUGUCAACCUGCAGGAUGAUCGAUGGGCUCGAGUUCUCUGAAUCAAUAAAUCCGUCAAAAUAUUCAUGGCAAACGUAAAAAGAUCAAAACUACAUAUGUGAAAAUGUUAUGUGGAGCCACUAGUUUUCAGCUGAGGUGAGCCAGAGGUCAUGGAACUGUUUCCUAUAUGACUUUAGAAGAAAAAUGUUAUAUAUAUAGAAUUUUUUCAGCAACAAGGCAACUCAAAGUGCAGUAAAUCUGUAAAAUGUAAAGACUGGAAAGGACGGCCUGCAUGUUUACAUAUUUGUGGCUGAACACUGGAUGGUGCAAUGUUUACAGUUUUACUAAAGAAUAAACUGUUAUAGUUACCACAAUGAGAUGAGAUAAUAACCAUAACUAAGUAAGAUAUUUGACCCCAGGUAUUUUGUCAUUGCCAAAACAUGUUAGUCAUCCAUCUGUUGUCUGUAGCCACUCAUCCUUGCAGGGCUCUGAAGGGGCUGGUGUCUCCAAUAGUCACUGGGUGAGAGGCAGGGUACACCAGUCCACCACAGAAUGGACAACCAUGUACACACAGUCACACCUCAGGGCAGUUUAGAGAAACAAAUUAACAGAUUAUUCUCCCACAGCUCAAGAGGAAGCCAGAAAACCCACCAUGUCCAGGGAGAACAUGCAAGCUCCAUGCAGAAAGAUCUCAGACUGGGAUUUGAACCCAGGAUCUUCCUACUGCAAAGCAACAGUGCUACCAACUGCGUCACCGUGGCGCUCCUAGUUAUACAGUCAGACAAACUUUAUUAUUUUUCUGCAAACUGACAUUAGUAAUCCACGACACAUCUGAGGUUCUACGAUACUUUUUGACACUUCAGCGAAUGCCAAGAAGCACUAUGGAGACCAAAGUCUUAAUACAAUACAGGACAAAAUAUUUCAGUUGGUAUGUUGUUUCAAAAAGAUGAAAAGAAAGAAAAUAUCUUAGCCAGAUUCAGAUUUUGCAUUUUACUCAGAUGUCAAUAUUUGUGAGUCCAAAGUAAAACCAAUAAAAAAACAAGAGUAUGAAUCUGAAAUUCCAAGUGGAAAAAUUGAGGUUCUUCAGCAAAAUGAACCUUAAAAUCAGUCUAUUUAAACUUUUCUUGUGUCUCUUUACAUUUUCCACACACAUUCAGUACUAUAAUGCAUCCUCUAAUGAGCACAUUCCCAAACUGCAAAGAUAUACGGUGUUAUUAGCUAUUGCUAAUAGUAGCAGUCUUGUCUGAGCACAGCAAUUAUAAUUUGAUUUCCGACUAGCAGCUGGUACUGGGUUUAUUUGGAUUUGGCGUCAUUCCCAGAUCCAUGUUCCUACUUUAUGGGGGAAAUAAGUUGACACUAGCAAUUGUUCUCUGUUCACUGUGGACUGCAUCAGCUUACACUAGAUUUAAAAAAUAUAUCACUAAAAAUAUAUCACUUCUGUACCCCUGAAUGCACUGAAGCCGGUACGACCGGAGCUACGUGCUCCACAGCCUGGAAACCAUUGUAACCACUCAUUUCUCACCCAGUCAUGUUUUCAGCAGGUCAAAAAUGUGAAGUGCAGUUAAGAGGCUUUGAUCUGAUAAACCGCUCAGGCGUUUGACCUUUAUACUCUGCUUUUCACACAGUUGAUUUUCUGCCACCUUAGUCAGUUUAAAAUAUCCCAAAGUGACGGGGAGAGUUUAGUAAUUGAUUCGGCUCGUCACGUGGCCUGUUCGAUGCCAGCCCGGCGUCCCAGAGCCACUCAGCGGCCGUGAAACGCACAGAGAUGUCAAGAUUUGAUUGUCAGGUAAUCAUACAGUAAAACAGCCGUUUGUCAACUGCAGCUCGCUGCUUUUAGUUAGUCUUAAACAGUGGUAGCUCAAAUCUUAUGUCAAUAAAUAUGCUGCCAAUCUUGUUUUCACUGAAACAUCAUUUUAAUGACAAUUAUCUCUGCUAUAAGUCAUGAAGGAGCUUGUUUUUGAUGUUGUGCUUUGCAUUUCAUUAAGGCCGUUUUCCAUCAGGUCUCCUUCAAUGAUCCGUGUACAUUGCUGCAUGUUGACAGCUGAAGGAAAAGCAGUUACUCCCACACUUCUGUCCACUUUUUCUUUUUCUUUCCACUUUUUCUUUUUCUCCCCUCCCAUCCUCUGACAUUUUCUCCCACUCCUCUCAAGUCGAACAUCUGGCAAAGAUUGCUUUGGGGCAUCAGCGGUAGCAACUAUCCGUCUCACCGACUAUAGAUUAUUCUGGUGCAAACAAACAAAGCAAACAAUAAUACGCAUUAAAAUUCAUCUGGCAGAACCGGCAGUGGGUGGGGACGCUGCUCGCGCUUGAUAAAAUAAGAUGAGUAGAAUUGCGGGCGCACGCUGUUUGGUGUCCAGUCUGCCUUCCCCACCACAGGCCGUCACACAGGAACCCGCCUUCUCACAGGGCAGGGCGCCACCCGGCAGAGCAGCUCACGAACCGUGUUGGUUCAAAAACUUCUUGAGGUUCGGAGUGCAGGAAAACAUGCAUGAACAGGAAUGAAACGCACUCCAGAAGAUGUUUUAGAAAACUAAUGUUCUCUCUGAACAUGGGUCUCAUUUAUUACUGUGAUGAACUGUGUACAUUAGAAAAGAUCAAAGCUGUUAUUAGAUGUAUUUUUGUAGCGAAUCCUCAGUUGAAUGAGGCCGUUUUUGUAUCAUGUACUCCUAUUUUAGCUAGUAAAUGAGCCGCACGCUAACAUCAUUUGUCCUCUUGUUCAUGCCGUUGUACAUAUUUAAGUUCUUGUCAAGUAAAUUAUGCAUUAAAAAAUAGCAUUAUUUUCUAAUUUUGUGAAAUAGAAAUGUCUCAAAAUCUGUCAAAUAUUUACCAGUUUUUGGGUUUGUUAUGGAAUAUCAUCAAAAUUGUACACAAAUGUCCCUGUUACUAUAAUAGAGCUAGUGAAUCUAGUCUGGCAGUUUGAAUAAAUCUGUAAGACUUGACAUCAGAA